CUGGUCAUGAUUAUAGGGAUGGUUGGGAAUUGUACUUGUCUGCAGAAGCCAUUCAAUGAAGGCUUCUUUAUUGCCCAGGCUCUAUCAAUUCCAUCCAGAGAACUUCCACUGCAUCAGAAGAUGAAGCUGUCAUUACAAAUUGAUUUCGGAAGCAAUAAGAUUCCAGAUUGGUGCAGCAAUAAAGUAACAGCUCCAUCUAUCUGUUUGACUAUGCCCACACUACAUAAUAACAACUUCUUAGGAAUGGUUCUCUGGUUUGUUUGCGACCGUUGCCAUGUAUAUGAGCUUAAACACUUCGUUGUUACUGUUGCCCAUAUAAAGCGUUCAGGUUUACCGUGGAUUAAUUAUAUUGAUAGAUCUACUUCCUGGCACCGAGAACUAUCAUAUGUAUAUUACUUCUCUUACUCAAAUGAUACACCUUUUAAAGGCCUAAAUAUCAAAGGCGGGGAACAGAUAACAGUAGAGAAUGAAACUGGCAGAGGCACAGUAAAGAAGAUAGGGAUCCAUCUGUUAUACUUGGACCAACAUGGUAAUGUUAUAUCUUUGCCAGGAGUUGUGGAUCAUUCUUAUACUCCCUCCUACCCACAAAGACUUUCAGCAGGGCAUGCACAUAUCAACUCAAACAACGACAACAUAUCCAAUGAAAUCCCACAAGUGAGGUCUGUGUCAGUGGAUAUCAGCGAGCAAAGUUCUGAGAAUGUGUUAUGUACCAUGGAAAAUGUGUUCCAUAGAAAUAGGCCAAGGACCUGGAUCUACCAAAUGAUAACAAUGCCUCUAAAAUGUCUUUUUGGAAAAUGUUUCUCCGUGUGUUCGUUAUGUAAGAAAAAAGUUUGUUCUUAAAGUAUUUGCAUAUAACACCUUAGACACUACUAUCAAUCUGUAUAAUUCAAAAUUCUCAUCCAACUACAAGCUGAUUUGCUAAAAAGU